AUGAGGAAGUUUAUAAUCAGUACUGUACGGCGAAGAGAGAGAAGGUUGUACGAGGCAUCAGCGAAUGGAAGCGUGAAUUCCUUGAAGCAGUUGAUGGCAGAAGAUCCACUCGCACUAGCCCGAGCUUCAGUCACUUGCUUUGAUGAGACUCCACUCCACAUAGCUGCCAUGCUUGGUCACCUAGACUUUGCAAAAGCGCUUGUUACUCACAAACCAGACAUGGCUAUGGCGAUAGACUUGCAGGGUCGUUCACCUUUGCACUUGGCCUCUGCCAAUGAUGGAAGAACACCCCUUCAUCUGGCGGUGAUGAAGGGCCACGUUGAGGUCACAAGGGAGCUGGUUAGGGCCCGACCAGAAGCCACUGGGCACAAAUUGGAUCACGGGGAGACCAUUCUGCAUUCGGCUGUGAGACAUAAUCGUUUAGGAGCUCUGAAGCGGUUAGUUGAAUCAGUAAGGGAGGCUGAGUUUAUCAAUGCCAGAGAUGAUUAUGGCAACACUGUUUUGCACACUGCUACAACCUUGAAGCUGUUGGAGACUGUUAGGUAUCUGCUCAAUGGAAGUAUGGUGGAAGUAAAUGCAGUGAAUGAAAGCGGUUUGACAACUUUAGAUAUCAUUGAACAUAUGCCAAGAGACUUGAAAUCCAUGGAAAUCCGAGAAUCACUAUCAAAAGUUGGAGCUUUAAGAGACAGGAAUGUACCUGCCAAUGGAGAAUGUGAGACAGCUAUGGUGAUCGAGGAGUCUCGAUUAGAUUCCGUAGCACAACCUCUGGACGUUUCUCCAAGAGUAUCAAUUCCAUGA